GAACGCGCCAAUAGGAUCUCGCUAGCUCGUGCUCACCUUGCUUGUUCUGCCCACUAUGACUCAUUCGUACCCAUUGGAAAUGACAGGCUGUGGUCUAUCUUGGUUUAGUUGAACAAAUCUUUGACUGAACCGAAUCCGUUCGUCUCCACUCGACAUACGUCAUCAAUUUUGGCACCAGGCGUGUCCGUCCAUAGCCUCUCGCUUUCCAUCUCCACAUUGUCUUUACGAUAUGGCGACUAUGUGUGUUGACCGCUGCCCUUCGCUCCGAAAAACAGUUUUUUUAUUGUUCAAAACGAGCAUUAUUUUUGUGUUUCUAUUUAAUCCGUCUCUAACCACUCGGCUGUAUUCUGACGAGGACCCCGUGGUUAUACUGACAAGCGCGACUGUCAAGCAGACUUUGCUCAACUCUUCCACUGCUUGGCUGGUCCAGUUCUACUCAUCGUGGUGUGGUCACUGCAUCCAGUACUCUCCUACCUGGAAGGCACUAGCUGGCGAUGUAAAAGACUGGGAGCAUGCCAUACGGAUUGGGGUCCUGGACUGUGCUCAUGAGAAUAACUUUGACAUCUGCAAGGAGUUUGGCAUUCACUUCUACCCCACCUUCAGAUACUUUAAAGCACGUGGCCCCACAUUUGAUGUUGGAAAAACAUACAGAGGUGCAGAUAGGGAGCUACAGACAGUGCGACAGCUGAUGGUCAACUUCCUCCAGAACCACACAAGACAGGACAGGCCUGUCAGCUGCCCUCCACUUGAGCCUUACAGCUCUGCAGAUAUAUUGCCUUUGAUUGGUCAGAAAUCCAACCAAUACACAGCUGUCAUUGUUGAGAACGAGGACUCCUAUGUUGGCAGAGAGGUUAUCUUGGACCUGAUGAUGUAUCAGGGGCUAACAGUGAAGAGGGCAUUGAGUUCAGAAAAGAGCCUCACAGAGAAGCUUGGCAUCAACUCUUUCCCCUCAGCAUACCUUCUCCACCCUAAUGGAACACAUGCCAUUCUGCAUGUGCAGAAAAGACUGCGCUUCUUCUUCUCCUCGUUCCUCAAGCUUCUCCUAGGGGUCCACAGAAAGCUGAGCACCUCUGGAGCACCCCAGGAGCCCCUACUGGAGGGGCCACGUGGUCCCGGGACAGCUGAGGCCUUGAAGGACUUUGAGAAGUCCAAGGUGUACAUGGCGGACCUUGAGUCAGGGUUGCACUACCUGCUGAGAGUAGAGCUGGCUACCCACCAAACCCUGGAGGGAGAAGAGCUAAAGACCUUCAAAGACUUUGUGACAGUGGUUGCUAAGCUCUUCCCCGGUCGCCAGUCUGUGGUAAAACUCUUAGAGACUCUUCUGGAAUGGCUGGUCAGUCUUCCCCUGGAGAAAAUCCCCUUUGAUGCCAUCCUCGACUUGGUCAACAACAAGAUGCGGAUUUCAGGGAUGUUCCUGAGUGACCAGCUGCAAUGGGUGGGUUGCCAGGGAAGCAGAGUUGGACUGAGGGGCUACCCCUGUUCACUGUGGACCCUGUUCCAUGUGCUGACCGUCCAGGCGGCCAGCCGGCCCGACGCAUUGGCCAACACCGGCCUGGAGGAGAAUCCCAAGGCAGUGCUGCAGACAAUGCGCAAGUACAUUGUGAACUUCUUCGGCUGCCAGGAGUGUGGGAAGCACUUUGAGGAGAUGGCCGUGGCGUCUCUGCCCCAGGUGAAGUCUGUUGACCAGGCGGUACUGUGGCUCUGGAGGAAACACAACCAGGUCAAUGGACGCCUCGCAGGAACAAUGAGUGAAGACCCUCACUUCCCCAAGACCCAGUGGCCCAGCCCGGACCUCUGCCCCACCUGCCACGAGGAGCAGGAUGGCAUCCACGUGUGGAACGAAGACAAGGUGCUCAUGUUCCUCAAGCAGCACUACGGGGCCGCCAAUAUCUCCCCCAAACACAUGUACAGCAGUCAGCAUGAUCCAAACCAGGGGGCCCUCGGAUCUCCUGACAAUAAGCCCAUUAAAGCCACACAGGAAAAGACAGUGGCCCCUGAGAGCUCCCUACUCCACGCCAACCAUGCCAAGCAGAGUGACGUGGAUGGAGCAGGGCAGGCGGGCACAGGGGCCCACAGGGAGACCAGGCCGGGGGUGAGCUUCCUGGGUCUGGGCUUCUCCAGUGUGGACAUGAGUCUGUGUGUUGUGCUCUACGCUUUCUCCUGUGUCUUUCUCAUGGUCAUGUUCUUCUUUUUCCGAGUCCGCUCCAAAAGGUGGAAGAUCCGCUACAAUCGUCCAUAUGUAUAGCAGUCUACUGGUCCAGGUCUGCACAUUUGACUGAGCAAAGAGUUUUGUUUUUUUGGAAUUGAGUUUUCCUUUUUAAAUGUAGAUUAGAAGGUUGCAUUUUUUAUUUAUUUGUUUAUGUUUUGUAUAAUAUUUACUGUGAAGAAACAGUCUCCAGAUCAAGUAUUUUACAAUAGUGACUGAUUGAAAAAGUUUUAGUCCCCAUAACAGAACCCCAUAACAUUGUCAUGGGGGAAGGACUUGACUGUACACAAUUCAUUCCCAAAACAAUGUCUCUUAGCUAUGAUGGUAAGGAAUUGUAAAUAGUGUAAAACCAUGACAGAGUCCAAUUAAUCAAGUGUUUUUUAUAUCUUUCUAUCUAAUUCAACGGUAUUGGUCAUGUUUUAAUGGACUAAGAUGAACCUCUGGAAUAUUUGUAUUGACUACUACUAAAAUCUUACUGUGUGAAUUUAUGAUUUCAACCUCAAUGUAUUAUUUUCCAGACCUAUCAAGGAGAUCACUUAUUACAACCUAUUAAUGUUGUCCCGUAACCAUGAGAAAGAGAGGAGCAAGUACAGCCUUAUUUUACCUAAGUGCUUGUUGUCUAAAUACUUGGUGUGCAUUUGAAGUCCUCUGUAUUCUCCCAGACCCUAGGUGGCCUUAACGUGAUUUCAUCAUUCAUUCUAGUCAAGAUAGUAUGUGGUAUAAUACACUAUACACUACCGUUAAAAAGUUUGGGGUCACUUAAAAAUGUCCUUGUUUUUAAAAGAAAAUACACUUUUUUUUGUCCGUUUAAAAUAACAUCAAAUUGAUCGGAAAUAGUGUCGACAUUGUUAAUAUUGUAAAUGACUAUUGUAGCUGGAAACUGCUUUUUACAUUUUUUUAUUAUGGAAUAUCUACAUAGGCAUACAGAGGCCCAUUAUCAGCAACCAUCACUCCUGUGUUCCAAUGGCACGUUGUAUUAGCUAAUCCAAGUUUAUAAUUUUAAAGGGCUAAUUGAUCAUUAGAAAACCCUUUUGUGAUUAUGUUAGCACAGCUGAAAACUGUUGUGCUGAUUUUAAAGAAGUAAUAAAACUGGCCUUCUUUAGAUUUGUUGAGUAUCUGGAGCAUCAGCAUUUGUGGGUUCGAUUACAGGCUCAAAAUGUCCAGAAACAAAGUACUUUCUUCUGAAACUCAUCAGUCUAUUCUUGUUCUGAGAAAUUAAGGUUAUUCCAUGCGAGAAAUUGCCAAGAAACUGAAGAUCUCGUACAACGCUGUGUACUACUCCCAUCACAGAACAGUGCAAACUGUCUCUAACUAGAAUAGAAAGAGUGGGAGGCCACGGUGCACAACUGAGCAAGAGGACAAGUAAGUUAGUGUCUAGUUUGAGAAACAGACGCCUCACAAGUCCUCAACUGGCAGCUUCAUUAAAUAGUACCCGUAAAACACCAGUUUCAACAGUGAAGAUGCUGACCUUCUAGGCAGCCGUUUCCAGCUACAAUUCUCAUUUACAAUAUUUCGGAUCAAUUGUAUGUUAUUUUAAUGGACAAAAAAUGAGCUUUUCUUUAAAAAAGUAUAUUUCUAAGUGACCCCAAACUUUUUAACAGUAGUGUAUGUACAAAAGUAUGUGGACAUCCCUUAAAAGGUGUGCAUUCGGCUAUUUCAUCCACACUUGUUUCUGACAGGUGUAUAAAAUCGAGCACACAGCCAUAUAAUCGCCAUUGGCAGUGGAAUGGCCUUACUGAAGAGCUGUGACUUUCAACGUUGCACUGUCAUAGGAUGCCACCUUUCCAACAAAUCAGUUCAUCUGCUAGAGCUGCCAAGGUCAACUGUAAGUGCUGUUAUUCUGAAGUGGAAACGUCUAGGAGAAACAACGGCUCAGCCGCAAAGUGGUAGGGCACACAAGCACACAGAACAGGACCGCCGAGUGAUGUAGUGCGUAAAAAUUGUCUGUCCUCGGUUGCAACACUCACUACCGAGUUCAGAACUGCCUCUGUAAGCAACGUCAGCACAAGAACUGUUCGUCGGAUGCUUCAUGAAAUGGGUUUCCAUGGCCAAGCAGCCUAAGAUCACUAUGCGCAAUGCCAAGCAUCGGCUGGAGUGGUGUAAAUCUUGCAACCAUUGGACUCUGGUGCAGUGGAAACGCUUUCUCUGGAGUGAUGAACCGUCUGUUGGCUGAAUCUGGGUUUGGCGGGUGCCAGGAGAAUGCUACCUCCCCCAAUGCAUAGUGCCAACUGUAAAGUUUGGUGGGGGAGGCAUAAUGGCUUGGGGCUGUUCUUCAUGGUUCGGUCUAGGCCCCUUCGUUCCAAUGAAGGGAAAUCUUCAUGCUAUAGCGUUCAAUGACAUUCUAGAUGUUUAUGUGCUUCCAACUUUGUGGCAACAGUUUGGGGAAGGCCCUUUCCUGUUUCAGAAUGAUAAUGCCCCUGUGCACAAAGCAAGGUCCAUACAUAAAUGGUUUGUCGAGAUAGGUGUGGAAGAAAUUAAAUGGCUUGCAAAGAGCCCUGACCUCAACCCCAUCGAACACCUUUGGAAUGAAUUGGAAUGCUGAAUGCGAGCCAGGACUAAUCGCCCAACAUCAGGGCCCGACCUCACUAGUGCUCUUGUGGCUGCAUGGAACCAAGUCUCUGCAGCAAUGUUCUAACAUCUAGUGGAAAUCCUUCCCAGAAGAGUGGAGACUGUUAUAGCAGCAAAGGAGGGACCAACUCCAUAUUAAUGCCCAUGAUUUUAGAAUGAGAUGUUCAACGAGCCUACUUUUGGUCAUGUAAUGUACUACAAAUAGGGCUGUAGCCAGUUAUCUUCAGAAUGUAUAGGUCAUAGUGCAUUACACGAACAAAACUGACACCCAAUAUUACUCAAAUGUCCUUGUGUUAAUAAAAGUUGAUCUAAUGAUUCAUCUGCCCAUGCAUUAUUGUUCAUUUUCUUUGAAAAGCUUAUUUCUCUACUUAAAAUUGAUUUAUUUGAUGCGUAAAAUGACAAACAUUGGAUAGAAACUUGUCCGAUGGUGACAUGAUUGAGUAAAUAGCAUUGAGUCACAAAAUUGCUAAUCUGUAUUCUGGUUUUAUGAAAUGUUGUAUGUUUCUAUAUCUGAAAUUGGGCACGUUUUUCAGCUAACUGCAAUGUUACUGUAAUUUGAGAAUGGAAGCACUUACUGUAGCUCUGAACCAAGUUAGACUUAGUGCUUCUGAAAAUAGAAUGGUCUACAAUAUUGUGAAUAGAACCUUUGUUUUGUUCCAGUUGCUGUUCCUUGUUAAUUUAAUUUUUUGCCAAAAGUAACUGUAUUGGAACUUUGAAUUCACAAUAGAUUGGUGGUAUCCCCCGAUACUUGAACAUUUUAAAUGUAGAUUGACUUCCCUGAUCAAUUCUGUGAAAUAAAUAAUGUUAUGCCACAUAAACAGACAAAGCUUACUUGAAGACUUGCAACUCAAUUAAUUGUACAAUUUGCUAUAAAAUUUAGCUUGGUCAGAUUGUCGCCAGGAUCUGAUCUAACUGGAAAAUAUAACAUUUCAAUUAUGUAAAUAAGUGUUAAUUUGUUUGUUACUUCUAGUGUGUGUUCUUGCUGCUGGAAAUCAUUGAUUUUUAUUUUUACUCUACUGCAUUUAAUUUAUAUUUCUUACUAUUUCAUUUAUUUUUGGUCUUCGUGCAUUCUUAUUUUUUCAUUUAUUUUCAAGAGUUGAUAAUGGAUCAUUUGAAAUUGUACUUUGUUUGAAUAAUAAAAAAUCUGGCAUUAUA